UGUAUGGAAUGGGAACGGACCAGGAUUAUGAAGAGAUUAGGAUGGACAUGAAACCGGAAAUGACAUCUGACGUUCGGUCGAUACCGGAAAUGAUGUCAGGAAUGGACGGAAGAAAUAUCAUGUCUGACUCCAGCAUGAUGGGAAAUAGAAUGAGACCUUCAAUGUCAGGUAUGGACACGAGAACUGAAAUGACGUCUGAUAUGCGAACGAGACCGGAAAUGAUGUCUGAUAUGGAUAGAAGAAACAUGAUGUCUUUAUCUAGUUUGAUGGCAAAUAGGAGACCUGAAAUGAACAUGAGGACGGAAAUGACAUCUGAUAUGCAAUCAAGACCGGAUAUGAUGUCUGAUAUGCAAUCAAGAUCGGCAAUGAUGUCUGAUAUGGACAGAAGAAACAUGAUGUCUGAAUCUGGUAUGAUGACAAAUACGAGAACCAGCAUGUCUGACAUGGGCAUGAUGAACGUGAGGACGGAAACGACGUCUGAUAUGCAAGCAAGACCGGAAAGAAGAAGUAUGCUUUCAGAAUCCAAUAUGAUGAGCUCAAGCAGAUCGAUGCCUGACAGACCCCGGACAAUGGAUUCUGGUAUGAGGAGAGAGAUGGGUUCACCUACAAUGCGAGGAAUGAUGUCCGACAUGAUGCAAGAAGAAAUGUCAGGCCUGGGCACACCUGAUAAAGUUCCUAUAGAAACGCGAAGCACUGGAAAUGACCAGUAUAUUAUGGAAAGAGAUACUCCAAUGAAAUUCCAUUAUAGUUUUUCCCGCCAAAAUGAUGGCGAAAUGGUGAACUUGCUCAGUGACCGUGCUCAUGUGUUGGCAACAAUGAGUAAAAGAUCAGCAGAAAUGAUGAACGCACGGAGCAUCGAAGACGUCCGGGAAAUAAUGGAUGAUCCCUCUUAUCAAGAGAUGAUGCGGCGAGAGUUUUCUCCCUUCUGCUAUCAGCAGCCUCGCUGUGACCCCACCCAGAAGUACCGCUCCGCCUGCGGGGCCUGUAACAACCUUAGAGCGCCCCUGUAUGGGAAGUCCUUCACACCCUUCCGUCGAAUUGUACCCUCAAAGUAUGAAGAUGGUAUCGAAGCACCAAGAACCAGAAGUGUCCUGGGAGGCAGCUUACCGUCUGCACGUGACGUCAGUAAUGCCGUCCACCAGGAACGUGCGACAAGUGUUAACGCCGUCAUUACGCCGUUUGUCUAUUCCUUCGGGCAAUUUCUUGACCAUGAUUUUACUAGCACACCUUUAAUGGAAGAUGAAAAUGGAAAUUUGAUUGAAGACUGCUGCUCAAACCCAGAAAGGUUUGAGUGUUUCAGCAUUCCCGUGUCAUCAAAUGAUCCCUACUUUACUGACCCUACCAGAAAGUGUAUUCAUGUGGUACGAGCUGACAUAGCACCCCCGCUUGACUGUUCCUCAGGAAUUCGCCAGCAACAAAACCAGAGAUCGUCCUUUAUAGAUGGCACCAUGAUAUACGGAUUCAAUAGUGCAAAAGAAGAUUCGUUACGGAUUGGUGAAAUGGGUUUCCUGAAGGUGAGUGAGGAUUUUCCUGACACCAAUGGAAUGCUUCCAAAGAGUGAAGAGGACAGCUGUAACAUACGGGACGAGGACAGACAAUCACCGGAAACACAGCACUGCUUCGACUCAGGUGACCACAGACAAGCAGAGAACCCGCUACUCACUGUCUUACACACCGCCUUCGUCCGCCGUCAUAAUCUCAUAGCGACUUUACUCCGGGAGAAUUUCGGUGUUACAGAUGAUGAGCUCUUGUUCCAAGAGGCCAAACGUAUGGUUAUUGCAGAGUUACAGCACAUUACAUACAACGAAUUCCUCCCCAUAGUACUGAAUAAGAGAAUAAUGAAAAUGUACAGUCUGAAAAGUAAGCCGGCACAUGACCGUGUGUACAAUGAUUCAGCAGACCCAAGGAUCAUCAAUGCAUUUUCCACUGCUGUAUUCAGAUUCGGUCAUUCUUUGGUUAGACAGGUAGUCGGGUCAGACAAUGGAGAUAUUGUUUAUCUAGAUCAAUUGCAUAAACACUUUGACCGACCUCGAAUGACCUUGACUGGAAAAGGCUAUGGACAUGAGUAUGUGACGAACUGGCAGGCAAGAACAGGGGCGUCACAGCCAGAUGGUUACGUUGUAGAUGCCAUUCGUAAUAAACUGUUUCAGGCAGAGUCGUCUUCACUAGGUGGAGCCACACUAAGCUUUGACCUCCCUGCUAUGAAUAUUCAAAGAGGGAGAGAUCACGGACUGCCCGGAUACAAUGAGUAUAGAGAGUGGUGUGGACUUCCUCGAGUUCGCCAUUUUGGAACUUGGAGAUUAGGACUUGUAGAUCACGAUGGAAGAGACGCAGCAAAACUCCGAGCUAUUUACAGGCACCCGGACGACAUUGAUCUUUUUGCUGGCGGUUUGUCGGAGAGACGCCUCCGCGGCGCGUUAAUCGGUCCUACUUUUGCGUGUAUCCUGGCUUACCAGUUUAAACAGCUAAAGGUUGGAGACAGAUACUGGUAUGAGAAUCCACAUCCUAUCUACGGAUUUUCAACUGAGCAAUUGAAAGAGUUGAAAAAAGUAAGUCUGGCUAAGGUUAUAUGUUCCACAGCAGAGGAGGGCCACAUAAUGGACAUCCAGCCAAAUAUUAUGAUCCGCGCCAGCAAAAAAAACCCUCGGAUGACCUGUAACCAGGUUUUAGGAGGGGGUCACGAGCUGGGGUAUCACAUCGAUGUGUUUGGAACCAACUUUCCAGGUCAUCGGAGACCGGUAAUGAGAAGCAUGCCGCGACCGAUGCGCCGGCUGAGGCGGAUCUACCCGUAUAACCCCACACUGCAGCAUCUCUUCAGAAACAGACUCCACAUUAAAAGCCUUGCCAGAAAGGUCGUGAUACCCAGGAGGAGGAAACACAGGAGGCGGAUCAUAGUCAGUAGGCGGAGGCCCCUUCUGUUUAGGCCCGUGUUAUCACGACGUCGUGUACCUGGGAUUGUAUUAGGCUGAAAUAUAGUAUUUUUAAAAAAUUGGUUUUGCGAUGAUGUCAACACAAGUUAGUUUUGUCGGGAGUUUUUAAAGGUUGUGACAAUGGGCAUUAACAUCAUGUAUACAGUUGAAGCUUUCCUACUGUUACAUAGCUAAGCUUAUAUGAUGCUGGCAGAUCUCUAAGGAUGUAUUAUACACUAUGCUUAUUGUGUGCCUUAAUCCAUGAAACCCUUUGCUCUUUUUAUUUUGUCCAAUAAAAAUGUAUAUAAAAUCAGUAUCAUAUUCUCUUCAACUACAGAGAAUCAGUGAACAUUUGACAUCAUAAGUCUUGCGUGUUGAUUGCUAUAAAGAAAAUUUUGUCAAAGUCGGAUCCAAUGUAAAUGUUUAAAAAUAUUUUGAGUUUCGCUAAAUUUAAAAGCUGACUACUUUUUUACUUGCAGCUUGUGAUAAACCUAUUGAUAAUAAUAUUACAGCUCACGAAAACUGAAGGUAAAAAUAAUAUUCUAGACCUCGGGAUUUUAAUAAACAUGUCACAAAGCAGUCCAGGUUACAAUACAAAAUUUCAAUAUUCACGAGCGCAGAUUU